AUGAACGAGUUCAAAUCUGGCGGGGGAUUUGAAUCAGGACAAGGAGGCGGCGGAGAAGAUGAUUCCUCCGUGGGAUGCAUGUCGGAAUGUGGAGGUCGGACCAGAGAUUUGCCAAAACUACCAAAAUCAACGAGAAAAGCGGCGUCGGAGAAAGGCUCUCCUACAAAGGAAAGAUCAUCGGACAAAACAAAACGCCGGUCUUCGAACAAAGGCACAUCGUCCUCAAGGAGGUCAAAGGAAGUGUCUGAUCAACAACAACAAGACAGUUUUUCUCCGUGGCCUAACAACACUACAGGAAUGUUACCGGAAGUGCCGAAGAAAUCGAGGAGGAAGAAGAAGACGAAAGAUAACGUUAGCGGAGGAUCAACGAGAUCGACGAUAAGAUGUGACGUGGACAACAUGUCCGAUUUUAUGUCCGAGACUGGUUCCGUCAGAUCUAUGCCUCAGUUCGACAACAGAGAUGAUUUUUGA